CACCAUGUGCGACGACGACGAGACCACCGCCCUCGUGUGCGACAACGGCUCCGGUCUGGUGAAGGCCGGCUUCGCCGGAGACGACGCGCCUCGUGCCGUCUUCCCGUCCAUUGUCGGCCGCCCUCGUCACCAGGGCGUCAUGGUGGGCAUGGGCCAGAAGGACUCCUACGUGGGCGACGAGGCCCAGAGCAAGAGGGGCAUUCUGACCCUGAAAUACCCCAUCGAGCACGGCAUCAUCACCAACUGGGACGACAUGGAGAAGAUCUGGCACCACACCUUCUACAACGAGCUGAGGGUGGCUCCCGAGGAGCACCCCACCCUGCUGACCGAGGCCCCCCUCAACCCAAAAGCCAACCGAGAGAAGAUGACCCAGAUUAUGUUCGAGACCUUCAACGUGCCCGCCAUGUACGUGGCCAUCCAGGCCGUGCUGUCCCUGUACGCCUCCGGUCGUACCACCGGUAUCGUGCUGGACUCUGGCGACGGCGUGACGCACAACGUGCCCAUCUAUGAGGGUUACGCUCUCCCCCACGCCAUCAUGCGUCUGGAUCUGGCCGGACGCGACCUCACCGAUUACCUCAUGAAGAUCCUGACCGAGCGCGGCUACUCCUUUGUCACCACGGCCGAGCGUGAGAUCGUGCGGGACAUCAAGGAGAAGCUGUGCUACGUGGCGCUGGACUUUGAGAACGAGAUGGCCACCGCCGCGUCCUCCUCGUCCCUGGAGAAGAGCUACGAGCUGCCCGACGGGCAGGUCAUCACCAUCGGCAACGAGCGUUUCCGAUGCCCGGAGACGCUCUUCCAGCCUUCUUUCAUUGGCAUGGAGUCGGCCGGCAUUCAUGAGACCACCUACAAUAGCAUCAUGAAGUGCGACAUCGACAUCAGGAAGGACCUGUAUGCCAACAACGUCCUGUCGGGCGGCACGACCAUGUACCCGGGUAUCGCUGACCGCAUGCAGAAGGAGAUCACCGCUCUGGCCCCCAGCACCAUGAAGAUCAAGAUCAUCGCCCCCCCUGAGAGGAAGUAUUCCGUCUGGAUCGGAGGCUCCAUCCUGGCCUCCCUGUCCACCUUCCAGCAGAUGUGGAUCAGCAAGCAGGAGUACGAUGAGGCCGGACCCUCCAUCGUCCACAGGAAGUGCUUCUAAGCCAGCAGCCCCCCACCCCCCACCCCCUCUCUUUCUAUCUAAAGCGGCAAUUCUUCGGCUACCAUCCAGCCGUUUGUUUACAAUUUUAUGUAUAGCUUUAUAAAUAAACAAGAACCCGGGACUUA